UCGGUGGGACCCAUCUCCGAGAUGCACCGGCUGCAGGUAGUGUUGGGCCACCUGGCCGGCCCGCCCGAGUCGAGCUCUGCGCUGCAGGCUGCGCCCUGCUUCGCUGGCUUCCCGCAGGCCUCGGCCUCCGACGUGGUGGUGGUGCACGGGCGGCGCACCCCCAUCGGCCGAGCCAGCCGCGGCGGCUUCAAGGACACCACCCCCGACGAGCUUCUGUCAGCCGUGUUGACCGCGGUUCUCCAGGACGUGAAACUAAAGCCUGAGCAGCUGGGAGACAUCUCUGUGGGCAAUGUGCUUCAGCCCGGGGCCGGAGCUAUCAUGGCACGUAUCGCCCAGUUCCUGAGCGGCAUCCCAGAGACUGUGCCUUUGUCUACAGUCAACAGACAGUGUUCAUCAGGACUGCAGGCAGUGGCCAACAUUGCUGGUGGCAUCAGAAAUGGGUCUUAUGACAUUGGCAUGGCCUGUGGGGUGGAGUCCAUGACCCUGUCCGAGAGAGGGAACCCUGGGAAUUUCUCUUUGCGCCUGCUGGAGAAUGAGAAGGCCAGAGACUGCCUAAUUCCAAUGGGGAUAACCUCGGAGAAUGUGGCUGAGCGGUUUGGCAUUUCUCGGCAGAAGCAGGAUGCCUUUGCGCUGGCCUCCCAGCAGAAGGCAGCGAGCGCCCAGAGCAGAGGAUGCUUCCAUGCUGAGAUUGUGCCUGUGACCACCACUGUCCUCGACGACAAGGGUGACAGGAAAACCAUCACCGUCAGCCCUGAGCCAGAUUGA